AUGUCCCACGACGAGCUCUCUCGGCGCCUGCAGACCGUCUCAACUCGCCUCCAGACUACACCAGACUCAGCUACUUCCGCAGGUACAGACGAGGCAAACAACCAGUGCGGCAUAUGCCAGGAUGAGCUUGUGGGAAUGGCAGCUGACGCGCCUGUUGCUAUCAAACUCAAUCACUGCAAACAUGCAUUGCACGAGAUUUGCGUGGUCGAAUGGCUAGACUGGGUGCAGCACAAUCGAGGUCCAGUACAUCAAGCUACAUGCCCUAACUGUCGCCGCUUGAUCUUCGCUCGCGAGGCUGCUCCACAAACCGGACGAACUGGAAACGCAAGUCAUCUCGCCAGUCGGACCCAGGACCAUAGGUAUCCUUUGUCAAAUAUUCGUGAGACUUCCACGCAAGCUGAGCUAGUUGCUCGUGAACUUUGUCCGACUGGACGAGCUGCCGACACUGACUACAUGACUGUACGGGAGCAUCUUGCAUCGACCGCUCACUAUGCAUCUUCACCAACUGGACGAGCUGCAAACACAUCAUCCUCCCGUCGUGUUCAGCACCCUGAAAUGAACAUUCGCGAGACCUCUACAUCGACAUUCCGGACCGUUGGCUUGGUGCAGGCUGAUGAGGCCCAGCCUCACGAGCUGCUCGCAGUCUCGAUAUUUGGUGGCAUCGAUAUGGAUGACGACGAUGACGAAAUCUAUGACUAG